AUGUCAUUGCCACUCCUCAGCAAAUCUGACAUAGCCAGCAAGGGAAUGGACAUGGAUGACAAGCUAGUUGAAUGUAUGCUCAGUUCUGAUGCAGAAAACAAACCAGAGGACAAGGUUAUAAAGGAGGAAACUGAUGGAUUGACCAUGGAUCCUGAGUCUGAAGACAAAGAGAGCUCAGACAAUGACACUCACAAUAAUAAUGAUUCAGAGGGUAAGGAGGUUUUGUCUGUGCUAGUAGAGGGUCAAUCUGGUAAUUGUAAGGCAACAGUAGAGGAGCUUGCAAAAGUAAAGGAGGACAAAGCUGCUGCUAGGGCUAAAGUAAAGGCAGAGGCUAAGAAAGUAAUGUGGGCUAAGGUUAAGGAAGAGGCUCAGGCUAAGGCAAAGAAGGAGAAGGAGAGGGGAAAGGAGAAGGAGAAGGAGAAGGAGAAGGAGAAGGAGAGGGAGAAGGAGAAGGAGAAGGAGAAGGCUACAGUCUUGGCACAGUUGAAGGUGGUAGUAGAAAAGGGGAACAAGCCAGUUCCUGAAGAAGUUGCAAAACCAGAAAAGAAAAAGCCAGUUGUAGAGAAAGAGAAGGUUGACACAAGAAGGGAUGGGAAGGAGAAACAAGUCAUAGUCAUUACAAAGUCAGAAAAGAAGAAAGAGGACAAAAGCAAGGAAAAAGAGCCAGUACUGGUGCUCCUAAGCAAGAAGCACACUAUCAUAGAGGUGGAGAUUCUGGUCUCUAGCAAGGAAACACACACAAAAAACCAGAAGGUUGUGGUGGAGUCUUCAAGUGAGGAGGACAAGGAUAUCCCUCCAGAUUGGGCAGAGGGAAUGGUCUUCCACACACCUGAGUGUAUGAAGUGUGCAGAGAGGCACAAGGGUCCUCAGGGAUCCACUUGCCAGACUGUGAUGGAUUGGCUGUGCCACAGUAAUCCAACUGAUGAUGAUGAAGAAUGA